CAAACUCUAGUUUCAUGCAUUUGGCGUUUUUAACAACACUGGAAAUGAAAGGACGGCCAUCAUAAACUUCACACCAGCCAUCUGCCAAAUGCUGUACGCAGAAGGGCCAUGGUAGUAAACUAGUAAUUUCCCCUAACUAAAACCCAGCAACAACACCUACCUUCAUUGAAAGUGUCAGCAAACCAACAACAAAACACAACAAUUGAAGUUGCUACCAGAAUAUGAUGAACACAAAGAAGACACUUAACAAAGUUCGGUUUGCUUCUUUUGGGACUCUUUCAGAAAGCACUUGUCAUCUUACUGCUUUUUGGGGAAGUAGUUCUCCUCUUUUACUUGUACAGGAAGAUUGAACCUCGUUAUCAGAUUAUUCUCUGUUUUGUCUGUGCCAGGUGCCAAAUUAUAGAGGAUGGCAGCCUCAAAUGGAAUAGUACUUGCCGAGAUCAUUGCAGCCUCAGCUUCAACGACUUUUUUCAUUGCCGGAAUCUUCUUCUUCAUAUACAGAUUCCUAGUUGCUCGGCGCCAUCUAAAUGAUAAAGGCAGUGGAAGCUUUCGCAGGGAGGAAGUUAGGACAACUCGGGAAGAUCAGCUCAGGCAAUGCAGUGGAAAUGUGAAGGGGUUGAUUGUUGAUGAGAAUGGUGUGGAUGUUUUUUACUUGAGGAAACUAGAAGGUGGCCAGGUUCAAACACAUUUUCCAAAAGUAGUAUUCAACCCGAGUUAUGAAGACGAUGAUGAAGAAGAAGAAGAAAAGAGAGUGGAUACUAAAGGAGAAAGAGCUAAAAUGCCAAAACCUGAAGCUGUUCACUCUCUUAAUGAGCCAUCUGAUUUGAUCAAUCAAGGAAAAUUACCGAAACCGUUCACACAAAAUCCAACUUCAGAAGCUUUGCUUUCAUUGCCAAAGCUACAACAACGGCUUCCUCUAAAAUCUCAUGCACCUCCAUUCAGAAUAACACCACCAAAGAAGUUGGAAAAGCAAGCAUUAGAAUCAUUGUCUCCUCUACCACCCCCACCAUCAAUAAAUGUAUCUGCACCACCGCCACCACCCCCACCACCUCCUCCACCAUUUGUUCCUCCACCACCACCACUGCCGCCACAACUGCCUAGGAUAGUAAGAAAAAAAUCUCUACCACCUACUCCACCUAAGCUUGGUGGUGAUGUUUUGACACCAAAACCUCCACCUACACCUAAAGGCAUACCGAAGAACAAAAGUAGGGCUGAGGCCUCAGCAGGGGACGAUUCAACUCAUUCAAGAGUGAGUGUCAUCGGGCAAACAAAGAUGAAGCCAUUGCACUGGGACAAGGUUAUGGCUGCUGUUGAUCAUUCAAUGGUCUGGGAUCAAAUCACUGAUGGAUCGUUCAGAUUUGAUGAUCAGCUUAUGGAAAAUUUGUUUGGAUAUAACAUCACAAAAGGCCAAACCACAGAAACAAAUAAUAAUGUGUCUGCUUCAACGAAGUCUAAUGCUGCCCCAACAGCUCAAGUUUUCCUUCUAGACCCCAGAAAGUCUCAAAACACAGCUAUAGUGCUAAAGUCUCUCACAAUCUCUAGAAAAGAAAUCAUAAAUGGUCUUCUUGAUGGUCAUGGGCUCGGUUCAGAAACACUCGAAAAACUCACCAAAAUUUCUCCAACCAAAGAAGAAGAGAUCAAGAUCCUCCAAUUCAAUGGCAAUCCAAAUAAGCUUGCAGAUGCUGAGUCUUUCCUCUACCACAUUCUCAAAGCUGUCCCUUCGGCUUUCAGUCGAUUUAAUGCAAUGCUUUUUCAGGCAAAUUAUGACCCUGAAAUCCUUCACCUCAAGGAGUCACUACAAACACUUGAACUCGGUUGCAAGGAGCUAAGAUCUCGAGGUUUCUUCCUUAAACUCCUUGAAGCAAUUCUCAAAGCUGGAAAUCGAAUGAAUGCUGGAACUGCUAGAGGUAAUGCACAAGGUUUCAACCUAAGUGCUCUUCUGAAGCUAUCUGAUGUCAAAAGCACUGAUGCAAAGACUACUCUGCUUCACUUUGUGGUUGAACAAGUAGCUCAAUCUGAGGGUAGAGGCUUAGUGAUCAAUCAGAGAAGCCAAACUAGUAAACCAAAUUCGGAUAAUCUGACAGCCGAAGAGAAAAGAGAGAAGUACUUAAUCCAAGGGCUACCACUGUUGGGAGGCUUGAGUUUUGAGUUAUCCAAUGUGAAGAAAGCAGCUACAAUAGACUACGAUAGCCUCAUUCGUAUAAGCUUCACUCUCACUAGCCGCGUAGAUGAAAUCCGAAAGGUUCUGACACAAUGCUGCAGUGCUGAGAGUGAGACAGGAGGUUUUGCAAGAGAAAUGAAAGUAUUUUUGGAGGAAUGUGAGGAGGAGCUUAAGGUGGUGAGAGAAGAGCAAACAAGGGUCAUGGAACUCGUGAAGAGAACCACUGAGUAUUACCAAGCCGGAGCUGCGAAAGAAAAAGAAGCUCAGCCACUUCAGCUCUUUGUGAUUGUUAGAGGUUUCCUAGACAUGGUUGAUCUUGUUUGUGCAGAAAUUUCAAGACAGGUACAGAGGAAGAGUACUUCUACAACCACUGUGGGAUCAGCAUCGCCUCCAUUGUCACCUUCAGUCCUAACACCAAAGAAAUUACAGAACUUCCACUCACAUUUCAAUUCACAUGUGUCUUGGUCAUCAUCUUCCAGUGAUUCAGAAGAUGAUUUCAGAAGUUGAUCUUGUGC